UCCUCCUGGCUUGUUUUUGUUUGAGGCGGAAGAAAGGGAGAGCUGAGGGGACUGGCGCACGUGUGUGGGGCCCGACGCGUGGGGUAUUGUUCCCGUCGUUCCCAGGUGCCCGGCGCUGUAGAAACGUGCGGCGUAAAGACACGGGUUCAGCCCCAGACCUAUGGCUACUUGCUUGCCUUGCAAGGUCUUCACAAAAAGAUGGGGUGCCAGGGACUUACCAAUUUUGGGAACCAGCUGCUUCGCCGGAAAGUUGUGGAUUGUACCAGGGAAGAGAGCAGGCUCUCGCGAUGCCUCAAUACCUUUGAUUUGGUUGCUCUGGGUGUAGGUAGUACACUUGGGGCAGGUGUCUAUGUCCUGGCUGGAGCUGUGGCACGUGAAAAUGCAGGACCUGCGAUUGUCAUCUCCUUCUUGAUUGCUGCAUUGGCAUCUGUAUUGGCUGGACUGUGUUAUGGAGAAUUUGGUGCUAGAGUUCCAAGGACUGGAUCUGCUUAUCUCUAUAGCUAUGUGACUGUUGGUGAACUAUGGGCAUUCAUCACUGGGUGGAAUUUAAUUCUUUCUUAUGUCAUUGGGACAUCAAGUGUGGCCAGAGCCUGGAGUGCAACAUUUGAUGAAAUCAUAGGGAAGCACAUUGAGCAGUUCUGCCAAGCCUACCUGACUAUGGAUGCUCCUGGGGUGCUAGCAAAAUACCCCGAUGUCUUUGCUGUUCUCAUCAUCCUCAUUCUAACAGGUCUCUUAACUUUUGGUGUGAAGGAAUCAGCACUAGUUAACAAAGUAUUCACCUGUAUCAAUAUCCUCGUCCUCUGUUUCGUCAUGGUGUCGGGUUUUGUGAAGGGAUCCAUCAAAAACUGGCAGCUGUCUAUGGAGGACAUCCGUAACAUGACUCUAGUCAAUCAUACCCAGUAUGGUGUGGGGGGGUUCAUGCCAUAUGGAUUCACCGGAGUCCUCUCAGGGGCAGCCACAUGCUUUUAUGCCUUUGUGGGAUUUGACUGCAUUGCCACCACAGGUGAGGAAGUGAAAAACCCUCAGAAAGCAAUUCCCAUUGGAAUUGUCUCAUCGCUCCUGAUCUGCUUUGUUGCUUACUUUGGUGUGUCAGCUGCUCUCACUCUUAUGAUGCCCUACUGCCAGCUCGAUACCAACAGUCCUUUACCCAAUGCAUUUAAAUAUGUGGGUUGGGAUGGUGCCAACUACGCAGUGGCCAUUGGUUCACUCUGUGCCCUUUCUACCAGUCUCCUUGGCUCCAUGUUUCCUAUGCCUCGAAUAAUUUAUGCUAUGGCAGAAGAUGGGCUACUGUUUAAAUCGUUGGCCAAAAUCAGCGAGACGAGAAAAACCCCAUUCAUAGCAACGUUAAUUUCAGGUGCUUUUGCAGCUAUCAUGGCCUUGCUCUUUGACCUGAAAGAUCUUGUGGAUCUUAUGUCUAUUGGGACCCUCCUGGCUUAUUCCUUAGUGGCAGCCUGCGUAUUGGUACUGAGGUAUCAGCCAAAGCAACCUAACCUGGCAUACCAGAUGGCUAGUACAACAGAUGAGCCAGACAACAACGAAUCUGUGAGCACCAGUGAUUCGCAAACCGGUUUUCUGCCUGAAGAGGAUGAGAAAUGUUCCAUUAAAGCCAUCCUGUGCCCCAAGAACACAGACCCCUCCAAACUCUCUGGGUCUGUGGUUAACUAUUUAGCUGGUGUCAUAGGUGUUCUUAUUGUCAGCUGCUGUGUGGUGACCGUCCUUUAUGAAAGGGCUGUGAUUGAAGAUAAAGUUUUGUUUGGUAUCAUCACGGCUGUUCUACUUUUCCUUUGCUCCUGUGUUACAUACAUUAUACGACAACAACCCGAAAGCAAAACCAAGCUCUCAUUUAAAGUACCUCUUUUGCCUUUUCUUCCUAUUCUGAGUAUUUUUGUGAAUGUUUACCUUAUGAUGCAGCUGGAUAAGUGGACUUGGAUACGGUUUGCUGUCUGGAUGCUUGUAGGCUUCUUUAUUUACUUUGCAUAUGGAAUGCGGCACAGUGUGGAGGCUACAUAUUCGGCACCACCAGAGCCAGAAAGAAGGAUGGACCUCGAUUCAGACAGCUGUAAAUGACGGCGAGUUCAGCUAAAGAAGAGCUGGACAGCUGCUGCAGAGAUGAAAGCUAUAUCUUUGGGACCCUGACCUAUUUCAUUUGGUUAAUCAGUGAGGCAGAAAUAAUGAAAAUUAAGGUGGGAUUCCCAGCCUUGCUUCUGCAUCAGUCAAUUUGUUUGACCUUAACAACACAAGAAGGGAUCACAGGGAAAAAGCCAAGACUGGCAUAGUCCUGACCAACACUGUAACCUGAGCUGGGGACACCUUUUUUUUUUUUCCUCCUCCAUAACUGCGUAGAAAGAAAAGAGCCUCUGUGUGCCAGUUAAUCUUCUAUGCUGCUAUGAGACUAGGCCUUGUCAAGGUCCUUCCAUUUGCCCUAUGAAUUUACUCCCCAGGGACUCUGUUUCAGGCAGAGCACAUGCUGCAAUGCUAAUGUCAUUCUUAGGACCGUGUUACACAGUAAGUUUAGACAGCUUCUGGAGCUCUUAACACCUGGACUGGCUUUGCAUUAACACCUUAUAAGUGGCUUAAAGCGCUUAUUAUUUGUCUUAAAGUUACACCACUCGGGGGCAGGAUUAUCUCCUAUCCACCUAGUUCCUGUUCUGUUACAGAGUGGCCGCUUCCCACAGCUAUUCCACCCAAGUUGAAUUUUUUCAAUAUCCCAGAAUGCAGCAGCUGCUUCUGACUCAGUGUGAGCUGAGAUGCUGGGCCACAGUACCUUAUCCUCUGGGGAUGUCAGGCAGAGCAAGCUGUGCAGUCCUGGAGCGCCCGGCGGCCACGGUGUUUCCCACCACCACCUGGAUUGGCUCUGCUCCCACCAGUGGUGACAGGGGACAGGUGCUGUCUAACCUCUGGAGGAAAAGGGAUCGGACCCCUCGGAGCUCAGACAGCGCCCAGCUGGCUGGCAGCCCUGGAGCUCUCUGGUCACAGUGAAACUGACAGCUGCUCUGCCCCAAGACCUUAAGGCAUGAAAGCUGGGAUGCACCUUCAUAUCAUAGAGCCGUGGCAGCUCUGCACUGAGAGCAGGGCUGCCAGGGCUUAAGCCCAACAGCCCCACUCUUGGGGCAGAGCUGCUAUAUCAGUUUCAGUGAGACCAGAGAGCUGCUUCCCCAGGACUCUGGUCUUGCUGCAACUUACAUGGGGGUGGGCCUACUCUGUCCAGUGGGAACAAUGAGUGGGGUUCUGCUACUUGUCUUGUCCCUGUUCACCAAACCUCUAGUGGUAAGUCAAAGCUGUGCAGGUAAAGAACAGUCGGAGCAGGAUUUUUGCCUUACUGUGUGGCUGCUCCGCUAUGCCAAACGGCACUAAGCCGAUUAACUUUUUUUUGGCUUACAGCAUCAACUCUAACAAGAAUCAGAUUCUUCAUUCUGGUGAGGGGAGCUAUACCACAAAAAAGCCCCUCAUCAUAAAAUAAUUUCCCAUCUGUUUAAACAAUAGCUAAAAGAUUUACAUUUUUAAAGAAAAAUAUGAAGUUCCAUUUUUAUUUAUGUUGAAUUUCUGAAUGAUUUAGGUAGUCAUGCUUUCAAAUGUAACAUUGCUGUGAUAGUUUUGGAAGGUUUAUAUUAGCUGUUCUUAGACUAAUUCACUUUUCUAGUAUGCAAAUGGUACAAAUGGAAAUGAGACUUUUCAGCUAUAGCUGCUUAAAUCUUUUAAGUGUAAGUUUUCAAUGGCUUUUUGUGUGGGCAUUUCCAGAAAGCUUUUCCUACCUCUUAGUAUCAGAAAUAGUCAAAACAGGACUGAAAAGAGUUAGGGUUAUUAGGAGAAAUAUUUGAGAGUCUGCAUCCUAAAACAAGUAUGGACCAAUUUUCCCCUCUCAAACCAGUGUAACACCAAGUUAACUCCUUUGAAGGUAGUAAAAUUGCUCCUCUCUUAGGCCAGUUUAAAUUAGAGGAGAGUUCGGCCUUGAGAGACUUGAUGUUGACUUCAGUGUUCAAGUCCUUCAAAAAUGAUGCAGGAAAAAGUCUUUUGGUAUUCUAGGGAGAUGGUAUUCUUAGACUCUCACAACUUCUGACAUUUCUCCAAGGUAAGCUUAAUGUAGGAUCUGAAAUGUCCUGUUCUCUGUUUGCACUCAGUGGAGCAUAUAACCUGCCCUGGGAAACAGAAUUAAGCUCUAAAACCUGGUCUACACGCAUUUAGUCUGGUAUAACCUCCAGUGUUGAUGUUUUUCUUUUAGUAUAAGUCACUUUUUUUUUUUUUCAGUUUUGCAUAAAUCGCUCCCCAAAUGAGAGAGGCUAAACUCAGGAGGGUGGAAGGAGGCAGAUAUGCUGGUAUGAGAGGCUAAGAAAGUCCAGAUGGGUGAGUUAUACCAGUGUAAUCUUAUCAGUUGAAGUUUACACCUUAGCUACAUGCUAACAAUCUUUCCCACUUAGUUUUGCUUAUGAGAAAACAGAAGAUUUUCACCCCUAGGCAUUAUCUAAGUUGUGCAUCUGCCCUCCAUUAGCAUCAUGUCUAAGAGUGUUGCUACAUGUUACAAUCAUGUGUGCUAACUCUAAGGAAUAUUCAGAGAAGAUUUUGAAAUUUGGACCAUGGGGAGACCCCCACCAGGCCUCAUCCUCUGACCCCCACCUGCUCUCCCAGCCCUGUCAAUGGCUGCCCUGCCUAGCCCCAGUGUCCUGGCACUUAAAAAAAAC